CUAACUAACACCUGGGCCCAUUUUCCUCAAUUUUGCGUCCUGGAAAUUUUUGUUUCUCUUCUCCAGCUUGGUCUCAUUCUUUCUCAUCAACGCCUACUAACGAUCCUUCCCACGAUCACAGCCAAACUCGACAAAAUGGCCCCUACCAAGCCCACUUCCGUCCCUACCAAGGAUGAUAUCCUGGUCCCUGAGACCCUCUUGAAGAAGCGCAAGAGCCAGGAGAAGGCUCGCGCUGAGAAGUCCGCUGCCUCGGACAAGCGCAAGAAGGACAACAAGACCAAGCGUGGUGUUAUCUUCCAGCGUGCUGAGAAGUACGUCAAGGAGUACCGCGACCAGGAGCGCGAGAAGAUCCGCCUCAACCGCGUUGCCAAGCAGGAGGGCUCCUUCCACGUCGCCGCCGAGGAGAAGCUUCUGUUCGUUGUCCGUAUCAAGGGUAUCAACAAGAUCGCCCCCAAGCCCCGCAAGAUCCUCCAGCUCCUCCGUCUGCUCCAGAUCAACAACGGUGUCUUCGUCAAGGUCUCCAAGGCCACCACCGAGAUGAUCAAGAUCGUCGAGCCCUGGGUCGCCUACGGUUACCCCAACCUCAAGACCAUCAAGGAGCUCGUCUACAAGCGUGGUUACGGAAAGGUCAACAAGCAGCGCAUCCCUCUUACCGACAACUCCAUCAUCGAGGAGAACCUCGGCAAGUACGGCAUCGUCUGUAUGGAGGAUCUGAUCCACGAGGUCUACACCGUCGGCCCCAACUUCAAGCAGGCUGCCAACUUCCUCUGGCCCUUCAAGCUCAGCAACCCCACUGGUGGUUUCCGUACCCGCAAGUUCAAGCACUUCAUCGAGGGUGGUGAUCUUGGCAACCGUGAGGACAAGAUCAACGCUCUUGUCCGCCAGAUGAACUAGGUUUUCAACCUUUUCGUCUUUGGUACAUGGGAUUCUGGGCAAUGUUUUUUCUUAGGGGUUAAGGUAAUGAGGUACUUGUUUCUGCAUGGCUGCACGGCGUUAUAAAAGCUUCGGAUGCUAUACCAAAUGAAUUGAGACUUUAAUGACCACCCCGAGACUGCU